AUGGCCGAUGAGGGUGUUGCAGAGCACUAUCAGGUCUUGGAGGAGCUUGGCCGUGGAAGCUUCGGUGUCGUCUAUAAAGGCAUCGAGAAGGCAACAGGCGAGACCGUGGCCAUCAAACACAUCGAUCUCGAGUCCAACGAUGAUGACAUCCAAGAUAUCCAGGCGGAAAUAGCCGUCUUGAGCACGUGCUCCAGUCCGUAUGUGACACAAUAUAGAGGCUCGUUCCUUCGGGGACAUAAACUUUGGAUUGUCAUGGAGUACUUAGGGGGUGGUUCCUGUCUAGACCUGUUGAAACCUGCCAACUUUGACGAGACACACAUAGCCAUUAUUUGCCGUGAGCUGCUUUUAGGCAUUCAGUAUCUUCACACCGAGGGCAAGAUUCACCGAGACAUCAAAGCUGCCAAUGUGCUACUCUCUGAAACGGGCAAGGUCAAGCUGGCAGACUUUGGAGUUGCCGCUCAAUUGACCAACAUCAAGUCACAGCGAAACACCUUUGUCGGUACCCCCUUUUGGAUGGCUCCAGAAGUUAUUCAGCAAGACGGGUACAGCUUCAAGGCAGACAUUUGGUCUCUGGGCAUUACCGCCAUGGAGAUGGCCAACGGAGAGCCACCGCUGUGUCACAUUCAUCCCAUGAAGGUUCUUUUCCACAUUCCCAAGAAUGCACCUCCACGACUCGAGGGCGACUUUAGCCGAGACUUUAAAGACUUUGUAGCCCAGUGCCUCACCAAGGACUAUGAGCGCCGGCCGUCAGCAAGAGAUUUAUUGAAGCACCGUUUCCUUCGUUCUGCUGGGAAAGUUGAAGCUCUGCAGGAACUCAUUGCCCGCCGCCAAAUGUGGGAGGCCAAUCAGAAUCGUCAGAAGCAUCCCAUUUACUACCAAGAGACCUUGCAAACAAUAUCACCAAAGGAUGAAGACCAAGAGUGGGUGUUUGAUACAGUCAAGUCGGUUGCCCCCGCACCGCCCAAGCGGCCAACCAUCAGACAUCGCAAGCCUUCGUCGAUGCUGGCCAGUGAAGAAGGUUUGCGCAAGCUCGACAUUGCCGAGGGGCCACUUGGUCCAUCAUCACCGGCAACUGGCACGAUGCGCAAGUGUACCGUUCGCCGCACUCCAUCACUUGCCCAUUCCAACUCCAUCCGAUCCAGCGGAUCGCCGCGUCCCACAGUCGCACCCAAGAAGCCAUUGCAGCCCGACAUGUCUUUUGGAAACUCGGGUUCGACUAUGCGUUUGUUUCGGCGUGUUCCAUCAGACAGCUCAACCAAUGGCCAAAUAGGAAGACCAUCCUCACCCGAUGAUGUUUUCUGCGACGAGAACCUUCCCCCCCGUAUUGCGUCGCCUGUCGAGCCUUACGGCAAGGAAGCCAUCCUCGGCAGACGCCUGUACAACAAGGCCGUAGAACCCACUCUGGCUGAAUUACAUGCUCAGACAUCUGCUAUGCAAAAGAGAGAGGCUCUUGCUAAACUGUCGGACGCUUUUGCGUCCCUGGAUGCUGUAGACCCAGAGGGGGCAUAUCAUCUCAUGAGCAAUCUCGUUGCAUCCAUGUCACAAGACAACAAGCUCAAUUCCUCGUUUCUACGGCAGCCGAUUCAAAAGGCUCCAGACGACGGAACUCCCUUAGGAACGGUCAUUGUCAAGAGCUCUGCCCCUUCCCUAGCUAGUCCUACCAAGCUGAUCCUCAGUUCCAACAAUCCCCAUCUUAAGAGUCACCGUCGACGCCAAGCCGAGUCUCCUCGAACCAGUCUGACAGAGAAGGAACUUGAGAGGGAGAAGUCGUCCCUCCUAGAAGAAAAGUAUCCCGGUCGUGAUGCACUAAGUGGCAUGGAACACUGCAAACAGUUGUCUGAUGUUCUAUAUCAACGAUGGGCUGAUAACCUCCGCAUUCGCUGGCCAGCUGUAUAA